AUGCCUUCAUUUUCAGUGAGUGGACUUUCAAUGAGAAACGCAAGCGCGCUGACCUUCUUCCACUUGACAGGACUGAGCCACAUGACUCCGAGGCUCCGAGUGCUGGUGUUCGCCGUCACCUUGUUGUGUUACGCCGCCAUCUUGCUGGUCAACGGUCUUCUUAUCGUUACCAUCGUACUGGAGAAGAAACUCCACGAGCCCAUGUACUACUUUGUGUGUAACCUGUGCGUUAACGGCCUUUACGGGACGGUUGCCUUUUUCCCCAAGUUCCUUUACGAUCUGUUGUCCGAAAGCCACGUUGUAUCGUACGUGGGGUGUCUGUUGCAGGUCUUCGUCAUCUACUCUUACGCGGCAUCGGAAAUUGCAAAUUUAGCCGUGAUGGCUUACGACCGCUACGUGGCGAUCACCCGACCGCUGGAGUAUCACGCCGUUAUGACCAAACGCAGGGCGCUGAUGUUGGUGAGCUUCUCCCGAGUUGUGCCAAUGCUGUGCCAGGCCGUGGUGACCGGCAUGACCUCCAGACUGGAACUGUGCGGUUCCCACAUCGGGAAACUCUACUGCGAGAACUGGUCGCUCCUUCAGCUGUCCUGCGAGCCCGUAACUAUCAACAGCGUGGUGGGAUUUGCAAAUAUUGUGUUUUACUUCGGGCACGACCUUUUCAUAAUGUGCUCCUACGUGCAGUUGGUUAAAAUUGCCUUCAGGUCCAAAGACGGGAAAAAGAAGUUCACGCAGACGUGUGUGCCGCAUCUGCUGAGCUUGUUCAACAUCUCGGUGGCUUUGCUCUUCGACCUCAUGUACGCCCGCUACGGCACCAGCUCUGUGCCGCGGAGUCUCCGCAAUUUCAUGGCCAUCCAGAUUCUCGCCUUCCCGCCGUUACUCAAUCCCGUUAUCUACGGUAUGAAACUCUCCAAGAUUCGUGGCAGGAUAUUACAAUAUUUUACGAGGAAGAGGGCUUUUGAAUUAAGGUGA